GAUUCCUUACGAGGGAAAUUGUUGUUACAUACUUGCUGUCGACUUCGUCAGUGCCAGCGAAGGCGCCUGUUAUCGUAUGUCCUUGCCUCGCUGCCAUGUCGGCCUUUCGACCUGCAAGAUCUUCUCCUCCUUCCAAGGUUGCUGAGCUCGCCCAGUCUAUCACCCAGUCUCUCGCCUCGUCGCGUUCUGCUCCUCCAGUACCCGAGCUCACUGGUCUAUCUCAAGACGAUGUUGAUCUGUUGGACGCCAUUAUUGACCGUGCAGGCGCAUCAGCGACCACCUUCCUCACUGUAUUCAAGGCAUACAGUGAUAUCCUACAGGAGCGAGGGCUAGAUCCUCACGAGGUCGUCUACUACGGCAAGCUCUUGAAGCUGGGAACCCUGAAGGGCGGAAGCUGGGCCGACAAAUGGGAAAUGGUUAAGGAGCAACAAGGAUAUGUUCAGAAAAGCAAGCCCACGAUGGCUCGCACUGGCAGUAGUCAACCUGCCCGCCAACGACCACCGCCAGAACGUGCUAUUGUCCGUUCCAAGCCUCCUCCACGCGACGACGAUUCCUUUACGUUGCAUUCUCACGAAGAUGAAUCCGAACAAGCUGAAACCGCAGAAGAAAACGCGAUAGAUGCUGUUUACCAUCACCCGGUCUUGAUGCGGGCUCGUGCUCGGCGGCGGCAGUCUCCACCACCGUCCGACAUCACCGCCAAUUCCCUCGGUCUUGACUUUGGAGAAAUGCCGCCACCUCCCUCUCCACCACCAUCCCACUUAAUGCCACCACCUCGCCAACGCCGCCAGCGCCUCAGCCUCUUCGGAUCUUCAGAGUCCGAUAUGGCCGGCGAUAGCAUGAUUACACCCCCUGCAUAUAACGCUGCUGGUAAUGAUCAUUUGAUACACCGGCAACAUUAUCAGAGCCCGUUAUCUCGAACCAGGCCCAAACCCACAAGCGAUACACCGGUACCGUACAGCAAGCCAGCAGUUCUACCCGUUAAGGCUAGCGUCAUCAGUGAAGAUGACCCAUGGAAGAAGAUUGACAUGUUGCGCGAUGAACAGGACGCGGACACUUUCCGCCGGCUUAGGCUCAUCGAACGGUGCUGGGAUGUCUGGAAACAAGGCUUCCAGUGGAUUAUGACUACAAAUGAUCAAAUCCAAGACGCUCGCGACAAUCUUGUUAUGCGUCUUACUCUUCAACGUUGGAGCAGUCGUCUGGCAGCUUACCGGCGAACGUGUCAAACCGCUGAUGCGGUAGCGGAUAAACACCAGAUGAUACGAGCUUUUUCCCGCUGGAGACGCAGUCUUGUCGGCAAACAGCACGAGAACUGGCGAAGUUCAAUGCGAUCAAAGAUGAAGAUUGUCCGUACUAAGCGAGAAGAAAGGCUGAGGAAAGAUGCCUGGGCUAAAUGGCGUCAAUCAUACAGGUCGCAUCUUUCCGAUCAGCACUACAACGAGAGACUGUCUCUCCGCUGCUUUCAGCGUUGGAAAGGCAAGUUAUAUGCACUUGAUGGUCUAGAGGAUGUCGCCGAUGAGGUGCAGCAUGCCAGAGCCGAGCAUGCCUUCGAGAGGUGUUGGUCUCACUGGCGGCAGAUGACACAGUUGUGUGCGGCUGAGAGAAUAAUUGCGGGACAAGUUGGACAACAGUGUCAAAAAACAAGAAUGAUCCUAUAUUCAGCGGAGGAAUACUGCAAUCUCGUUGUGAUGAAAAAAGUCAUGCGACGAUGGAAAGCCGCACAAUUAUCUAUACAUCACAUGGAAAGCCGUGCGGAUAAGCAUCUUGCUAGGCAGGACGAUGUCCUUCUUCGCGCUAUCACAAGGGUGUGGAAAGCCCGUGAAAGAGGGCGCUUGCUCGAGAGGGUUAAGGCAGUGCGACUAAUCAAAAGUACCUGGUUAGUAUGGAAACAGCAAUUGCAGGAGCAACGUGCUCGGGAAGAGAUUGCAUCUUCAUUCUAUGCGCAGUCAACACUUACGGCUCGCAAAACCUUCCACACAUGGCGACAGGUUUUGUCGACCCAUCAGAACUCGCAUCUGUUCGCAGUUCAAUAUGAUUCGUCUCAUCUUUGUUCCCGAAUGCUUUUGAUAUGGCGUAUUCGAUGGCACGAGCAACUCAAGAUGAUGAAAAAAUCGCGUCUCAUGGAGAAAUUCUUUGUUAUGCGGCGUGCUUGGAAUAUUAUGAAAGUGAAGCACCAUGACAAGCAAAGAGAACGCCAGCUUCAAGCGUUCAAAGUCCAGAAACUCCGGAAGUUAUUUAUAGUUUGGGCUGAGCAUGCCAGGCGCCAUAAGGAGUGCACUCUCUUUGAGACUCGAGUUCGACACAGAAUUCUUCGAUCGGCGUUAACGCAGUGGACCAACCAUGUCAUCGCCGUCAAGCUGCAGGAACUUGAAGUGACUCAGCGACAUGAAGUAGGCAUCCUCCAGGCUGCAUUUAAUAAGUGGAAGCGAAUAUAUAUCCGUCACGGCGAGGAGCUUAGUCUCAUGGAAGUCUAUCGAGACGUAAAAAGAGAAGAUAAUAUUCGGCGCAUUUUUCAUCAAUGGCUUGCUGCAGCCCGGGCAGCUCGCCACAGAAGGCUUCUUUUACAGCGGCGAGAAGAUGAAGUUAAGCUUGCCACCAUGCAAAUGACAUGGGAGAAGUGGAGAGACAAAUUUAAAGAUGACCAACUUCGGCCGAUUGAAUAUGAACUCCUCAUUCGAACUCAGCAAAAUGCACUACGUCAUGCACUCAAUGCAUGGAGAGCCAAGACCAAGUCAUUGCCUGCCAUUCGAUUUCACGCAAGUCAUAUCAAGGCGAAGUAUUGGAAAACUUGGGCUAGUCAAAUGCCUCGGGCCAUGCGUGCCAAGGACGCCCGCGAGAUGGACAGGAAGAAUACACUAAAAAGAUUUCUUGACAACUGGGUUCAGGCGCAUCGUACAAAACUUGCCCGAAAAGCAGUUGCACGCGCACGACAGCUUCGAUUGCCAACGGCCAGCAGCACCCCACGUCGACCGACGGUGUCACGUCCGGAAGGAACACCUUCACAACCAUUUCGAAAUGUCCCGCCAAGGCCAUUUGGGGUGCGAAGGAGUCUACUUCCUUCCAAACCGCGAUCAGAAACGAGUCCCGCUCGCUCCGGGAUAUCAAGUAGAACGCGCGAGCCGAGCCCCGCUCGCUCAACUAAAUCUUCGACCAGCGGCUUCCGUGGACGUAGCCCGGCUUUCCCGCCCGCACCAUCCAACGCUGUGGGUGGUAUCGGCAGCGAGAGACCCAGUCGGCUGUGGCUCGAGCUUCAAAAUGUUCGGAGAAAGUCCAAGGCUUCUGUCCAGCAUUCUAUUGGAAGCAGAUCUCCAUGAGUAAUAUUUAUUUGACAUAUUUAUUUUUAUAUAUGCGCUAUGUAUAUGCACCAUGCAUCAUAUUUUGUUCUCGCAUGCAUUAUGGGAUAUGGCCUGCAAAUGAGAGUUUUUUUUUUGAUCAGACAUAACCAUCAUUUCAAGUUGACUGCGCGUACUUCAUUUAAGUGUUGCGAUAGU